CGUUACAAAGUGAUCCCGUGGGGUUCCUUGUACAGGACUCUCAAGAAAGCGAACAAUCUUUAAAUGAAGAUCAAGAUUUUAAUCGAGCAUCAACACUAUCUUCACUAGUAUCAGGUGCCAAUUCAGUAGCCUUCGAUGUGACCUCUUACUGGGCAGGGAAACUUUACGACACAGUUUUAUCCACUCGAGAUCCACAAAUUAUCUACAAACAUUUACUAGAAGUUGCAAGUAAUUAUGAACAAUGGUCUGAAGCAGCAAACAUUUUAGAUCAGCUACAAGGAAAUGAUCAAUGGAAAAAUGACGUGGUUUCUCCAGACUACGAUUAUGAUUUACUACUGAAACGUUUGGCCCAGCUAAAAAAAGCUCGUAAGUCGGGCGACCUUUCGCAAAUGAUUUUUUUGUUAAGAACAUCAUUAUCCAGAAAUUUAGGUGAUAUGGGUCAGCGUAAGCUAUACGCAUAUACACACAUUGGAACCAAAAAAUUGAUAGAAAAUUAUAUUAAUGAAGUAGUAAAACAAAUGAAUAUCAUUUGUGACAGGGAAUCAGAAGAAAUAUCUAUUAAAGAUAAACUUGAUUUUUUCAUCAACACAAGACAAUCGUUUGGAAGAACAGCUCUAUUAUUGAGCGGAGGGGCUACCUUUGGACUUGCGCAUAUUGGAGUUAUUAAAUGCCUCUAUGAAUGUAAACUUUUACCUCGAAUAAUUUCUGGUACUUCAAGUGGAUCUAUCAUUGCUGCCCUCUUGUGCACGAAAACAGACGAUGAGAUUCCCGAUACGUUGAGAGCGAUGAAUUCGGGGGGAUUCGAUUUGGAGGUCUUCGAGAAGUCCUCAAAUCCAGACACAUGGUAUACGAGAUUUUGCAGAUUUUUGAAGCAAGGUGUACUUUUUGAUGUGGAUAUUUUGAGAGAAUGCAUGCAACGAAAUAUUCCAAACAUGACUUUUCAGGAGGCACACAAUCGCACGCGAAGAAUUUUAAACAUCACUGUUAGCUCUUCUACCGCUUUUGAGAUGCCUCACCUACUUAAUUACUUAACGGCCCCGGACGUGUUGAUUUGGUCUGCAGUUGCUGCAUCCUGUUCUGUGCCAUUCGUCUAUAGUUCAUCGCCUUUAAUGGCUAAGAACAAGGCAGGCGAAAUCGUUCAGUGGACUCCUUCAGGACACCGUUGGAUUGAUGGAUCUGUCCAAUAUGAUUUGCCUAUGAAGAAGCUAUCAGAGCUUUUUAAUGUAAAUCACUUUAUUGUUUGUCAAGUAAAUCCUCAUGUUGUUCCUUUUCUUGAAACGAAAAUAAUUCCUUCACCAAUCAGUCGAUUUGUUGGAGGGCUUUUGAAUUUGGCGACUUCUGAAUUGCGACAUAGGUUAAGUCAGUUAAGCGAGUUUGGAAUUAUGCCAGGUUUAAUGGAUCGGAUUCGAGCUAUUAUGUCGCAAGAAUAUUAUGGAGACAUCACCAUUGUCCCUAAUACUUCCUAUGCUGAUUUUCUUAAAAUCCUUUCCAAUCCAACCCCAGAAUUGCUUCAACAGGCUAUCUUAAGAGGCGAACGGGCCACGUGGCUCAAAAUCUCUAUUAUUAAGAAUCACUGUCAGAUCGAGUUAACCAUAGAUGAAAUCAUCAGUAGACUCCGUCUUCGUCUAUUAGAAGCUACCUUUGCUGAAGGGACUGAAUCCAGUUCCACAGAUUCGCAAUCAGAAAAAAAGAAUCGAAACUUACGACGCAAAGUACAGCCCCUCUCAACAAAUGAAUCUGCUCCCAAAGAUGAUUAA